AUGGAUACCAAAAUCAGUACUAGACACAAGGUUGACCUAGAGCACAUGGUGCUUGAUGAAAGUGCGGAGCCAACAUACCUGCCGUUAUCACUUUUACAAGAAAUCACAGACAGUUUUUCUGAUGAUCAACAAAUUGGCAGUGGUGGGUUUGCGGUUGUUUAUAAGGGAACGGUGGGAAAAGGAAUGGUCGCUGUGAAGAAGCUGUCCAUAACAAUUGACAUGCAUGAGAAUAAAUUCCACAAAGAGGUCGAGUGCCUAAUGAAGGCCAAGCACAAGAACAUAGUUCGUUUUUUGGGGUAUUGUUCUGACACGCAAGGGAUGGUGGGGGACUAUGACGGGAAAUUUGUCAUGGCAGAUCUACGAAACUGGGUGCUAUGUUUUGAGUGCAUACGUAAAGGAAGUCUCGAUAAGUAUAUUACCGAUGUGUCUUGUGGACUUAAAUGGAGAGAUCGUUAUCAUAUUAUCAAGGGAACCUGUGAGGGCUUACUUCAUCUUCAUGAGAAGCGUAUUCUUCAUUUAGAUCUCAAGCCCGGAAAUAUAUUGUUAGCUGAUCACAUGGUACCGAAAAUUGCUGAUUUUGGACUCUCAAGGUGCCUCGAUGAAGACCAAACCCGAGCUUUUACUUCACAUCUAUGUGGAUCUCAGGGAUACUUAGCACCAGAAUUCUAUAGAGGACAAUUCACAUUUGCGUCAGACAUAUAUAGUCUUGGCAUUAUAAUUGUGGAGAUACUAACAGGAGAGAAGGGGUAUCCAGAAGAGGAGAAUGUAGUUGCAAAUUGGAUGAAUCAGUUGGAGGCAUCAGAUCACUGGCAUACACAGUUGGAGCAAGUAAGAGUAUGCACUAAGAUAGGGAUACAGUGCAUGGACUUGAACCCAAAGAAGAGACCAGUUGCACGUCAUAUACUUGAUAGGCUAGAUAAAACAAAAAGUACCAUCGAAACUGGCAUAAGUGGUUCAUCAGUUGAGCAGCAGGUUAGUUUCCUUAAGGAACAAUAUUGCCAAGAGAAAAACUCAAAGCGUUCAUAUCAGUACCUUGGAAAGGAAAUCAAGGAACACGCUGAAACAGAAGGACUUGCAAAAUAUGUAGAGAUACCUAGAGAAGAUCAUUGGCAGCAAGGGCAGCAAGAAGCUUCGAGUGAUCAAUGGCCAUUAAGGGGAGUGCAAGAUGUAAAGAAAAAUGUAAGCCCACAAGGUGCAAGUAUUUCUAGCUCCAACAAUGGUGUGCUCUAUAAGUUGAACAAUUUGGACAUCUUUGACAGAAAAGCACACAGGAAUCACGUGCGGUAUGGUGGGCCUACAUUGGAGAAUGUAAAUUUUGUGAAACUUUUCAAAAAAAAGGAGCUCGGUCCAAUUUUAAAGAAUAAGAAUCUUAUUAGAAGAGAUAGCUUUGGAGUAGUUUACAUGGGCCUUGUUGAUAGUGUGCCAGUUACAAUAAGGAAGCUAUUUAGUGGUAGUGUGGUACAGAAUGAAGAUUUUGCAAAUGAAGUCAUCAUCCAGUCUCAAGUCAUUCACGGAAAUAUGGUUAGGCUCAUAGGCUGUUGCCUUGAAUUCGAAGUCCCGAUGCUAGUCCAUGAGUUUCACUCUAUAGCAAGCCUCCAUUACAUUCUUCACACCAACAUCAAGGUGCCUCUUAACCUUGGCGUGCGAUUAAGUAUUGCUGCAACAAUGGCAGGUGCUCUAUUUUAUGUGCAUUCCGCACUUGUUGAGAAAAUAUUACACGGUAAUGUUAAACCAUCAAAUAUACUCUUGGAUAACAACUUUGUGCCAAAGAUCUCAGACACCGGCAUAUCAAGGUUGAUCGUGAGAGGCCAUGAACAUAGCGGAAUAUCCAUUGGUGACAUGGCUUAUAUGGAUCCGGUAUAUGUACGAACAAGCCCACUGACCGAACAAAGUGAUGUCUACAGUUUUGGAGUUAUCAUCUUGGAGCUUGUUACUAGGAGAAAGGCCACACAUAUGGACAAAAACAGCUUAGUAAUUAAUUUCCUUGAGAACCACAAGCAGGGGAGGAAAUCGACCGAGUUGUUUGAUAAGGAAAUUGCAGUGACAGAAAAUUUGAAGCUUCUUGACACUCUGGCAGGACUUGCUGCUGAAUGCCUUAAUUUUGAUGUGGACCUAAGACCAACAAUGGUAGAUGUCGCAAAUCGUCUAUCCAUGCUGAAUCAAUCCUGUAAUUUGAGUUGA